GCAAGUCCGAUCCAUGGAGGCCCCACCUCGCAAAUUACAGGACUUAAAAGGAUCUGCUGUUAAUGUUUUGGUGCCAGAAACCACAGCAUACCUUCAGAGGUACAUGGAGUACAUGCCUCGACAGGUCAGAGCUGUUUUACCGGCACAAGGGGGACCUACACAGUAUUAGCAGGUGCAGAGAUGUGUCCAGAGUCGGAGAAGCUCACUGGUCUGAUCGCAGCUACGUUCACGCCGCUCACUCCACAAGGUGAGCUGAACCUGGCGGUGAUCGGACAGUACGUCGACUACCUGCUGGAGAAACAGAGCGUGCGCAGUGUGUUCGUGAACGGGACGACGGGUGAAGGCUGCUCUCUGACCCUGCAGGAACGGAAGCAGCUGGCGGAGGAAUGGUGCCGUCAGGGCAAAGGGAAACUCGACCAGGUCAUCGUUCACGUCGGCUGCCUGAGCGUAAAAGACUCUCAGGAACUGGCACGUCACGCCGCGUCAGUAGGAGCUGAUGCCAUCGCUGUCAUCUCUCCAUCUUUCUUCAAACCCAGUAAUGCAGAGGCGUUACAGAUGUUUCUGAAGGAAGUGGGUUCAGCGGCUCCACAGCUUCCUUUCUACUAUUAUCACUUACCCAGCAUGACGGGAGUGAAGCUGGACGUGAGGGAGGUUCUGGAAGGCAUUGAGAAGAAGAUUCCCUCGUUCCGAGGGCUGAAGUUCAGCGGAGUGGAUUUAAGAGAUCUGGGACAGUGCAUCAGUUACUGCCGUCCUCGUGGCUGGUCCAUCCUCUACGGAGUGGACGAGCAUCUGCUGGGAGCCUUGGCACUGGGAGUCAACGGUGCCGUGGGAAGUACGUACAAUUACGUGGGUUACUUCAUGAACAGGAUGCUGAGUGCGUUUGAAAAAGGAGACCUCUCUCUCGCUCAGCACCUCCAGUUUAAGUUGCAGGACGUCAUCACAUUCUCAAACAGUCUAGGCUUCGACUUGGCCAUGAAUAAGCAGCUGAUGAGUUUGUGUUCCGGCCUGCCGAUGGGUCCUCCGAGGCUGCCGCUGCUUCCGUGGCCUUCUGAUCGCGUUCAGGAGAUCGUUAAGAAACUCCAGCAGGACAUGGAGGUCUGUCCUAAAUAAAACAACAGCACUUUGAUAAAUCAGCCGUCCCGGAUACGUGCAGGUCGUUGGGGUACCACACGUUUGAAGAAGCCACGGCGUGCUUAUGAGACAUAAGCUCUGAUUAGCUUGUGCUAAAUGAAUCGGUAAUCUAGCUUUUAAAUCAAUACUUCGGUGAAAGAGACUAAUAUAGCCAGUAACACAGGAAUCCAUUUAUAUGGAUGUAGUUUUAUGUACCACUCCUGUAACUUGAUCUCUUUAAUAAUUCAUAAUAUCUACAAAAAAGAGGCCUCAUGAAAGCUGAGACGGGUUUCUUUCGUAAACACUGAUGGGGAAAAACAGAAAGGAAGAAAUCGAUGGUGUAUAAAAUCCACAGUUUAGUAGCAAUGUGGAUUUUAUACAACAGAGAUUUCUUCCUUUCUUGUUUGAAGGGAUUGUUGUUUUUCCACAUGCAUUUCAUGCAGAUCUAAAAUGUAAACUAAUUUACCGUAUAUACUACUUUAUACUACUUAAUCGUUUAUGAAACACAUCUGUUUUCUGAGCUUUUACCAAGAAUCAGCUUGAGUUUAAUACGUACAGUUUGUUAACCGCUAAAACGUCUCGGGUUUUAAUUCAUUUGUAGAGCUCCAGCUCCAUACAUCAACAUUGAGAGAGUACUUUUUUUAAUAUAACAUCUAGUGUUUUUUGUUUUGUUUUGUUUUAUUUACUUGAACUUGUAGGUUUGUAGAUUAGGGAUGUGUCUUCUGUCUAAUUUUCUUAUUCAGAUAUUCAGAUAAGUCUUGAAUGAAUGGAUUUUCAGUUAAACACUAUUAGAGGGAGGGGGAAAAAAAUAUCAGUUAAAUGGUUAUUCUGUUUGUGUUUGACUGACGAAAUAGAGAGAAAUAAUGUUUUACAGAAACGCACAGCAGCAAAAGUGUAUUUCAGCUUGGUGAUUCAGCCUGUAGUCCUGCUAUAACAUCUAAAAUUCAAAUUCAGACUGACUUUAUAUGAUUACAGAGUUAAUGAAGUACAGAUGUUUCCAUGUUAUAUUUACUAAACCAGUGAAUUAAAAUUGAGAAAUGAAAUGAAAUGAAUAAUAUGAUCAAACACUCAUAUUAGCAAGUCAGUCAUGUUGCUUGUGUAAUUAUAUCUGCUUACAGAGGUUUGAAAAAUGUAAGUCUUUUCAUUGUUUUUUAUUUUAUUUUAUUGAAAGUCUUUAUAUGUGUUUUUGAAAGCACAGUAUCUGAAAAAUCUCUAGCAUGAACUCAGCAGUAAAUCUGAUUAACCUUUUGUGUCAGUUAUGUAAGCUGUGAAGCUAGUUCUCGGAAAUGUCUUUGGAAAUGUACUCGUACUGUAUUUUCUGAGGAGCAUUUAAAAACAUUAUCAAAAUGAUUUAGAGAUGGAAAAGCAUUAAACAGACAUUAAAACAUUUUUAAAAAUCUCA